ACACGGCACCCAAGGAGAAGACCGGAGAGAGGCAGAGCAAACCACUGACGAAGGAACGGACGAGGGUGCAGGAAUAGAUGACCAGAUAUGGCACGCUCUCUUAACGAAGGAAUCCCUUCCCGGGUCUAUCUGACCACCCUGUUUGUGGGGUUGUGCUUCCACACUAUCACAGUUAAAGGAGCUGCUCUAAAGCAGGAGGUGGCGCUGGAGAAUGGUGCCAUGGUGUUAAACCACUCAAUGACCCUGGUGCAGCGUUUGGAGGCCCUGCUGGCCCAGGGAAACGCUAGCGACGUGUCCCUCAGGGUGCAGACCAUCAACACGGACGAGGUGAAGGUGAUCCAGGCCCACACCCUGGUGCUGUCCCUGCAGAGCGAGAUCUUUGAGGAGCUGCUCCUGAGCCGCAACAGCAGCACCCUGGUGCUGAGGGAGGCCCCCGACUGUGCUGCGGUCUUCGACAAGUUCAUCAGAUACCUCUACUGUGGUGACAUCUCUGUAAGGCUGGACCAGGCCAUUCCCCUGCAUAAGCUUGCCAGCAAGUACCGCAUUUUGGGUUUGCAACAGGGUCUGACACAAUACAUGAACCAGCAUCUGUCCAGUGAGUCCCCCACAGGCCACGUAGUUGGCUGGUACCAGUAUGCCAUGCAAAUUGGGGACAUGGCCCUGAGGGACAGCUGUCUGCAGUACCUCUCCUGGAACCUGUCCUCCGUGCUGCAGAGUGGGGAGUGGGGCUCCAUCAGCGAUGACCUCCUCUUGUCCCUGCUGCAGCGCUCCGACCUCAUUCUGCAGAGUGAGCUGGAGCUCUAUGAGGCCCUGGAGGCCUGGAUUGGUCAGAACCAGCCGGCCGGCCUGACGGUGGAGAGCGCCCUGAGGGCGGUGCGUUACGGGAUGAUCCCUCCGCAGCACCUCUUCCGCCUGCAGAAGCAGUCUCCGCUCAUGCUGAAAUAUUACGAGACCAUACGGGACCUGCUCUACCUGGCCUUCCAAUUCCACUCCGCCUCUCCUAUCCAGCUGGCCAAGUACUUUGACGUCAACUGCAGCAUCUUCACGCCCCGAAACUACCUGUCCUCGUCCUGGGGCUCGCCCUGGGUCAUCAACAACCCCACGCGAGAUGACCGCAGCUUCAGCUUCCAAACUCAGCUGGGCCCCAGCGGCAGUGAUGCUAGUAAGAGAGUGACCUGGAAUGCCUUGUUUUCCCCUCGCUGGUUUCCUCUCAGCGUUAGAUCCUCCUACUCCGAGAUCGGCUCAAUGCAACCCACACGCACGGAUGGAGGUCGCCCACGCAUCAUCGUCACCCCCGCCACAUCCAGUCCGGACUUUGCCGGCGUGAGCUUCCAGAAGACGGUGAUCGUCAUGGCAAGGCAGCAAAGCAAAGUGGUGGUUCGUCACGUCUAUAACUUUCACCAGAGCACCGAAGAAGCUGGGGAUUUCCUGGCGGAUGCUGACUUGCAGCGCCGGGCCUCAGAGUACCUCAUUGACAGCUCCCUCUACCUGCACAUUGUGGUGAAGCCUCUCUACCAUAGCCUCAUCGUUGCCAGAAAAUGAGGACAGGAAGUCAUUCCUCAUGCCUCAGUCACCAUUUUUCUUGCUGAGAGCCCACUGCCAAACCCCAGCCCACCGAAUCUCACACACAUGGAUCACUGUUCCAAAAAGGCUAACUCAUAUCACAACUUCUGUUUAUUAGUUUGUGUUUUAAGGCAGUUCAACACAAUAUUUUGCAAUAUUCCAUUUUGUCUUCCAAAACCUACAGCUAAUAGAAAAGGUGUAACUGAACAGUUUCAUAUUCAGUGUGUUUUUGGCAUGCUAGUACAGUUCUGUACUGUAUUUGUUUGUUAGGCUGCUGAAUGCUAAUGAAUUGUACCUUGAUUGUCAGGUGUUGCUAAGACUAUUGUUUUGUUAGGAUAUAGAACUUUACCUGUAAAGAUGCUUAGCUAAAUGAAUUACUUGUUUGCUUUGAAUUUUAAUCUAAGUUUAAUUUCAUUAUUUGUACUUUACUGGUGCUACCACAAUCCUGAAAAGAAAGUGAGGU